CAACCAACAGAAGCAGCAGCUAAGCCGUACCAAACCACUCAAAAUGGCAUUCAAGUUCGUCGCCCUCUUCGCCCUGAUCGCCGCCGCCAGCGCCGGAGUCCUUCCCGUCCAGCAGGUCUACCAGGCCGCCCCCGCCGUGGCCACCUACGCCACGCCCCCCGUCGCCGUGGCCCACGCCCAGCCCGUCCUGGCCAAGGCCGCCGAGGAGUACGACCCCCACCCCCAGUACAAGUACGCCUACGACGUGCAGGACUCCCUCUCCGGGGACUCCAAGAGCCAGGUGGAGGAGCGCGAUGGCGAUGUGGUCCGCGGAGAGUACUCCCUGAUCGACUCCGAUGGCUACAAGAGGACCGUCCAGUACACCGCCGACCCCAUCAACGGAUUCAACGCCGUGGUCAACCGUGAGCCCCUCGUCAAGGCCGUCGCCGUUGCCCCCGUUGUCAAGGCCGUUGCCCCAGUGGCUCACUAUGCCGCCCCUGCUGUCGUGAAGACCGUGGCUCCAGUGGCUCACUAUGCUGCCCCCGCUGUCGCCCACUAUGCCGCUCCUGCCGUGGUUAAGACCGUUGCCCCAGUAGCCCACUAUGCCGCCCCCGCUGUGGUCAAGACCGUGGCUCCCGUGGCCCACUACGCCGCCCCUGCCACCUACACCUCCUACGCCGCCCCCGCUGUUGCCUACCACCACUAAGAACUGAAUCCACUCCCCAUUAUUGUUAUAGGUUUACGAACGCCCUCUACAAAUACACACAUGUUAUUCAUUUAA